CACUUGCAGAAGCAGAACCAAGCAAAGAAACAAAUAAUUGUAAUAUAAACUUGGUUCAAUACAAAAAAAAAAAAAUAGAAACAGAGGCUUGCUUGCAGAAGCAGAACCAAGCAAAGAAAAAAAAAUUGUAAUAUAAAUUUGCUUCAAUACAGAAAAAAAAAAUAGAAACAGAGGCGCACUUGCAGAAGCAAAACCAAGCAAAGAAAAAAAAAUUGUAAUAUAAACUUGCUUCAAUACCAAUAAAAAAAAAGAAAAAAAAAACAGAGGCGCACAAAAAAAAAUUGCAACAUGCUUUCAUGUCUUUCUAUUUCUAAUUCCAACUUUUUGUUCUGGUGUCAAAAAAGAGGAAAAAAGAAAAAAGAGAGAGACGGCACUGGCAGAAGUAGAACCAAGCCAAAAAUAUAUAUAUAUAUAAAAUGCUUAAUCGCUGUCCAGUAAAAUCAGUGCUUACUUGAAAGAUUACCUGAAAUUGGAGAUGAUAUGGUGUACAGAUCAGUGAUCAAUCGCAGUCCAGUAACUCCAGUUACAGGAGGUGUGAAAGGGUAAGCUCUGUGAGAGUUGUCUUGCAUUCUUGCUAUGACCGAUGGGGACUAAGAGGAGACCAGAUGUUGUGCAAAGUGUAGAGGAGAGUCGAGAGGAGAGUUGGGAGGAGAAAAGUCGGAGGAGAGUUGAGAGGAGAGUCGGGAGGAGAAGAGUCGGAAGACCAAACAUGCACAGGACGAGACCAGAGGCGAUGAGUUUUUUUAGCUUUUAGGGUUUUCUUUCUUUAAUUUAUAAAUAGAAAAGUUGGAAAGACAUAAUUAACCUUAAAAAUUUUUAACUUCAACUUUAGAUAUGGGGUUAACACGCUAUCCGCUAUUUGUAUUGCGGCCGCUAUUAGCGGUAAUAGCGGCCGCUAUUAGCGGUAAUAGCAGCCGCUAUUGAAGAAAUGCUACACUAUGAAAAUUUGUCAUAGCGGCUGUAGCUGGCCGCUACGCUAUGCCGCUAUAGCAGCCGCUAUGGCCGCUAUUGACAACACUGGGGUGAACUUGUUUGGCUAUAAAGAUAUCUGCCAUAUUGAGGAGUCAAAAUGCCUUACGAACUAAUCCAUGCUUUUACAGGACAAUGAAUUGAAAUUUAUAUUAAAAUAGGAAUACAAGUUAUUUAUUUCUACUUCUCAGCAAGAGCCAAACAUGCAAUUCUAGAUACCUAGAUAGAUUCAGAGCCUCUGUUCAUAUGGUUAGACAUUGACAACAAUAUUUAAGUUCUGGAAUGCUAUUCUUGGCUCUCUCGUAAAGAGAUCUGGGAAGACUAAUUGAUAUCUAUCUGAGAUAUGCUUUAACAUUCUAGGGCAUUGUUCUCAAAGAUUGUUAGUGGUGUAUUAGCAUACAGGCAAUAUGCAGGAUUCUAGAUUACAAGAUGAGAACAAGUGAUGAAUCAUUGUAAGAUAGAAGAAAUUGAACAUGGGAACUUGCUAAAGUAAAUAAGUCUAUUAAAAGUAACUGGUUAUGGACGGCAAGUCUUUGGGUGGAUCCUUCCCAUGUGGAUGAGAUCAUGAGAAUUAUUAAAGUGCCUUUGAGUUGUUACUACCUUGCUUAUGAGUGUCACUGUGAGCCUUUAACUAUCUUCUCUAACCUUGAUUUUCUUAGUUCAGUCCAGAAGGCUGUAGGCCGUGGCUAGCCAUUGGGUCACUGUAUAGCACCUGGUGUUUUUAUUUCCUGCAAAAAAAUACCAAAAUAAAACAGAAAAAUCUAA